GAGGAAUUGCACGUCUGUUCAAUCGAAGAGGCUGCUGAACGUGUAUUUUUUAUCUCCGCUCGUGAAGCCCUCCUGAUGAGGCUCAAAUCGGGAGGCAACAGCUCUAAUCAAAUUGGCAGUGGGGCAACUUCGCCACGAGGUGCUUACUCUUAA